AUGUUGGAAGUUGAACAACAAAGGAGGUAUGCGAGCAUUGUCGCAGACUGUGCUAAAACUUCAACAAAAUUGUUAGAAGCUACUAGGAGAUUUCACGAUCAGUUGCUAGGAGAGAGCAUACGUAAUGGCAUAUCGUUAUAUGAGGUGAAGAAUCAUGAUCUGCUUGUCUAUACACGUGAUUUAGCUUAUUUGAUGUACGUCAUGGGCGACGGUAACAGCAUUCAGGGUAAUGCAGCGAUCGAGCGUUUAGUUUACUUGAGAACUGUUUUGGAAAGAACUCGUCCUAUAGAAUACAAAUUAAAAAAUUAUAUUGAAAGACUUAUUUCUCUCACAACUGAUGUAGGAAUCGCUAAGGUAUUGCGACCACAUCCGGAGCAGUUGCAAAUGGACGAUGAGAGGGAAAACUUAGAAACAGAUGAUGACGAUCUUGCUACUGGAGAAGCAAAACCGAAAAAAUAUGUUCCUCCUAAAGUCAUGGCACUGCAUUACAAUGAAGAUGAUGAGGAAGCAGAAGCACGGAAAAUGGAGCGAGCCAGACGUCGGGCUUUGCAGAGCAGUUUGAUACAAGAUUUACGAGCUCAGUAUAGUGAAGCUCCAGAAGAGUUUCUGGAUGAUACUAUAGUAAGAAAAAAGAAGCAAGAAGAUAUUGAGAGACAAAAGUAUGAAGAAGACUACCUCAUUCGUUUGCAAAUGACGAAAAAACAAAAACACAACAAAAGAUUGAAAGAUCGGCAGAAUAUUCUGGAUGAUUUGCUUCAUUUUGGUAAUUAUAUGGCGGUGAGUGAGGUUAAAAAUGAAGGGAAAGGUGCAGUACGAGAUAAAGCUCGUGGAAAACGCAAGAAAGUGGGCAGUAAUAAUAAAAGCUUCAAAAAACCGCGUUUUGGCAGUAAAAAUACCGGAAAGGUGAGUUAA